AAAAGGGGUGCUGCAGAGUUGAGGUUCUCGAGAUUACCCUGCCCUGAAGUGCGGGACCCAGGCUUGUCGGAACUCUGUGCGGCCACCAUUGCUAUGUCUACCGAAACACCUAUCUCUGCCUCGAAGCCUGCUUCGACAACAAAACCUGCCUCAAAGGCCAAGCCUACCAAAGCUAAAGCUAAGAAGGUAACAGCAACCAAGAAGGCCACCACAGCCAAGAAGGCCACUACAGUCAAGAAGACCGUCACGAAAACAAAGUCUACUACCACUUCUUCGCGACCUUCGUGGAAGGAUAUCAUUACUGCUUGCAUCACCGACCACAAGGAAGAAGCGCGCCAGGGAGUUUCGCGCAGCACUAUCAAGAAGUACGCCGAGGACCGAUACAACAUCGAAGUCGUGGGUGUCAAUUUGUUCCAACUCAAGAGAGCUAUAAGUAGUGGAGCCGAUAAUGGCGUGUUUGUCUUGCCCAAAGGGCUCUCUGGCAAGGUGAAGCUCCCGCCCAAGAAGUCGUCCAUAGCGACCAAGGAGAACGCUAAGCCCAAGACCGUGACCACGGCCAAGAAGGCAGCUGCUGCAAAGACCGCCACGAAAGGACCUGCUAAAGCUACGACCAAGACUGCGACCAAGGCCACUACGAAGAAAGCGGAAGCUAAGAAAGUGCUCGCCGGCAAGCCCAAGAUUGCUGGAGCGGCGAAAAAGACCACCGCCGGAUCCAAAAGGGGUGCAGCGAAGAAGGCAAUAACUGGAACAAAGGUUGCAGCGAAGAAGCCCACGGCAGCGAGAAAGACCGCAGGCGCGACUAAACAGACUGGUGCCGCCUCCAAGGGUCGAUCGAAGCCGACCUCGAGGGCAAAGGCUUGAGAGAGGGCCGAGAGCAGAG